AUGCAGGCCACACCGCUCAGCAUCCUGGCACUGGCCCUGCUCGGGACACUGCACGCCCAGGACAGCAUUCCUGUCCAAGCUGACUUCCAGCAGGACAAGCUCACAGGGAGAUGGUACAGCAUUGGCCUGGCCUCCAACUCUAACUGGUUCAAGGAGAAGAGGCACCUAAUGAAGAUGUGCACCACCAUCAUCUCCGCCACUGCAGAGGGGAACCUGGAAGUUACCUCCACCUACCCCAAGGGUGACCAGUGUGUGAUGAGGAACAGUCUUUACACCAAGACAGAGCAGCCGGGGCGGUUCAGCUACACCAGCCCACGUGAGUGCCCAACUUUCAAGGGGGAGCCCCAGACAUGCUCACAGUCCUGCUGCCCCUGCUCCUGUCUUGGGGCUGAUUUGGAGCUCAGGGCUGAGCUGUGCCCCAUGUUUCCCACAGGCUGGGGCAGCAAGCACAACAUCCAUGUGGUGGAGACCAACUAUGACGAGUAUGCCUUGGUGGCCACCCAGAUCUCCAAGAACACUGGUUCCUCCACCAUGGUGCUGCUUUACAGCCGAACAAAGGAGCUGGGUCCUGAGCGCCUGGAGAUGUUCACCAAGUUCUCGAGGGAGCAGGGCCUGACAGACGACGAGAUCCUCAUCCUGCCUCAGACAGACAAAUGCAUGGCAGAUGCUGCUUAGGUGGACCCACCAGCUGCUGCCAACCCAAGCCCAAACAGCACCACAAACUGGUGACCACCCUACCCCAUUUGACCCCCAGUGGCCCUCCCAGCACCACAGCAGCCUUCACUCCCUAACCGCACAACCCACACCUGUAUCCCUGUCUUGA